CGCGUCUCUCUAAACAUCCCCUCUAAGAAGUGUAAACUUAGUUACACCUUGAAAAUCGCGCAAUUGGAAAAGAAGAGGAAGAAAAACGUCCUCGGUAGCGAUAUUAUACUUUGUUACCCUUUUUUACCUUCUUCCUAUUACCUAGCUAUAGGUUCGCACGGGUACGGUAGGCAAGUUAAUGGCCGUCAACGAAGACCUCACAAGAAUCCUCCAAAUCCUAUCAGCGUCUACACAGGCCACACAGGCCGUACCACGACCACUGCCUCCGGUCCGUAGUGAUGAAGAUGAUGACUCAUAUAGCCCCCCUCCAGCGAUUACACCAGACCCGAGACAGACAUAUCCUCCUCCCUCUGUUCAUGUCUCUCGAGAGGCCGCCGUUGAUCCGAGUAAGAUUGAGGAAUGGAAUGCCGCUUUGAGGUAUAUCAUGAAGGAGGUAUGUAAGAAUGAGGCUAUCAUGGCCGGCAUUAAAAAGAUGAUCAAUUCUCAACACGAGCACGAGAAAGCAUGGCACGUAGCUUUGGCGAAGGGCCAACUCCUGGUAUUUGUACUAACCGUGCCUAGGUUCCGUGCCAGAGAGGAGAUAGUCAACAAACAUAAAGUACGCAAGGAGAGUGGAAAGAAAGUUGAAGACGUCCUACGCAAACUCGGUACCUUACCUCUUGCCCAGCAAGCCAUUGUUCAACCGACCCCCGAGAGCGAGGCCGAAGAGCUCGCCUUAUUCGACAGGAAAGUCUACACCCGUAGCGAGCAGAUGGUAGCCCACAUGACGAGGGAAUUCGGCUCGAUGGGGAUUCCAUUCUUUUGUCAUCCAAGCUCAGCAAGCCCCGAGAUGUUGGAUCGAAAGCGCCGGAUGGUGGAGCUUCUCCAGGACUUGAGCGAAUAAUACAUUCUUGCCCAAAUAAUUCCCAUUUCAUGUCCUUCAUUGUUUCAGCGGCGUUUGCGAUUCGGGUGGCGUGCGUGGAGCUGAUUAAAUUUUGUACUUAACAUUAUACCCGGGAGUCUUCCUUUGCUUCUAAUUGAGCUAGGCUAGCGUACUAGCCUUUCUUACCUUUG